AGAGGCUGUCGGAGGACUCUGCUGCCCCACAAUGCUUCUCGAUGAUACUGUUUUGGUGACGUCUGGAGACGAAAGCAGCCAGUGGGUGGGCUGGAGCCCUGCUUUAGGACCGUUUCACGCUGCGGAUAACGUCGCUAUGAAUAUUUGAGCCUCGUAUGUGGACACACUGAAGCUCCCAGAAUGAGUUAGAGGGCGCACCUCUGCCAGCGUAGGGAAACAUGGAUCUUGGCAGUUUCCACGUCCUGCUGCUGCUCCUCCUGCAGGCUCUACAGGCAUCGGCUGAGGACUCAGAAGGACACCUGAUGUGUCUUUGCGAAGGCUCCAAAUGUCCUCAGACCCCAGAGUGUCGAGGCACCCGGUGCUUCUCCUCCAUUAAAGUGAGCGGCGGCGAGGUGCUGCUGGAGCACGGCUGUUUCAAAGAGCGACUGCAGUGCUUCACGGCGCCGUCCUUCCACCAGGCCGUCCACUGCUGCUCCAAGCACAUGUGCAACGGAAACACCACCAGGAGCUUCCUGAUGUCGCUGCUUAUAUCAGCCCCUGAAGGGGAACCGGUUCGGUACCGGGUGGAGACGUUGGCUCUCUUCGUGCUCGCCCCAGUGGUGGUCCUGGUCCUGCUGUCUGUGGUGUCGGUGCUGGCCUGCAGGAGGCUCCACCGUGGCCGCCUCCAGAGGCUGCAGGAGUUUGACACCGAGCAGGGAGAUGGUCUCAUCACCUCCAAUGUGGGAGACAGCACUUUAGCUGAUCUUUUGGAUCACUCGUGCACUUCAGGCAGUGGUUCAGGUCUUCCCUUCCUCGUCCAGAGAACUGUAGCCAGGCAGAUCAGCCUGGUGGAGUGUGUUGGUAAGGGGCGAUAUGGAGAGGUGUGGCGCGGUCAGUGGCAAGGGGAGAACGUUGCCGUGAAAAUCUUCUCCUCCAGAGACGAAAAGUCUUGGUUCAGGGAGACGGAGAUCUACAACACCGUGCUGCUAAGGCAUGAGAACAUUCUUGGAUUUAUGGCGUCCGACAUGACUUCUCGAAACUCCAGCACUCAGCUGUGGCUCAUCACUCAGUACCAUGAAAACGGCUCGCUGUACGACUACCUGCAGCGAGUUGCCGUGGAGACGUCGGAGGGCCUGGCAAUGGCGGCGUCGAUCGCCAACGGCCUGGUUCACCUGCACACCGAGAUCUUUGGCACCGAGGGCAAACCGGCCAUUGCACACCGAGACCUGAAGAGCAAAAACAUCCUGGUGACCAAGGAGCUGCGCUGCUGCAUUGCAGACCUUGGGCUGGCUGUGACACACACUCAGGCUGACAACCUGCUGGAUGUGGGCAACAAUCCCAAGGUUGGCACCAAACGCUACAUGGCACCUGAAGUGCUGGAUGAGACCAUUCAGACCGACUGCUUCGACGCCUACAAGAGGGUCGACAUAUGGGCCUUUGGACUGGUGCUGUGGGAGAUAGCGAGGCGCACGUACAGCAACGGUAUCGUCGAAGAGUACAGACCUCCCUUUUACGAUCAGGUGCCAAACGACCCCAGCUUUGAGGACAUGAGGAAAGUGGUGUGUGUGGAGCAGCAGAGGCCUUUCAUUCCUAAUCGCUGGUUUUCAGAUCCGACACUUUCUGCUCUGGUUAAACUGAUGAAGGAGUGCUGGUACCAGAACCCCUCUGCCAGACUCACAGCGCUGCGCAUCAAGAAGACCCUUGAUAAGAUCCACAGCUCCCUGGAGAAGGGCAAGGAGUCGUGAGACGGAGGCGCCUGCACGAUGUCAGCGGCUUGGAGUUUGUUGAAACGAGAGGCAGUCCGAAGGAUGGAGACGGGACAGGAAAGCUUCUAUCCUUCUCUUGCUCUUCCUUUCUCUUUGUUGCCUUCCACCGACAUCCCUCUGUUUGACUUGAAGACAUUUGGAGCCGUCGCAUUUGGACAAACCAGCCGUAGCUGUGGGACGCGUCCCGAGUUACUGCCGCGGACUGUUACAGAGUGUGAAAGGUUGGCAUAUUAUAGUACCCGAUCAUACCGCUUCAAUGCACGGUUUACACGGCUCUGGGUCCGGCCUUUCUACACACACCAAACACUACAUGUCGAGUCCAUCGUCUGAUCUCCAGCCAAGCAUUUUCUUUGCCAUGCGUUCGUGGCAUUCUGCCGAGAGACAAUCAGAUUUUGCUCCACUCACUCGGCGUGAUCUGAACAAGCCAACGAAUACUCGACAUGUUCACUUACUAAAGGAGAAGAGCCAAUAGAAUCAAAACUUUUUAGUCCCGUUUUAAAAAUGAUAUUUAUGUAUUGAACCUCCACUGUUACCCACACUACUGAGGAUUUAUGCAAUACUGGUGUACGACAGCGAGGAUGAUGAUGCGAACAUAUAUAGGCAUUAACGCUAUUGGACUGUAACUAUCGUCACUACCAAGUAGGAAAUAAUUUGUUGAGAAAUACAGAACAACGUUUGACUUUUUCAUAUUGAGAAAUGGGAUGAAACGGGAUGCGGGCGAGUAUAAAGAGAGGAGAACACUACGCUGUUUGAAGUUUGGAUUACAUUCUCAAUUGGGAAGAAUAUUAUAUUAAUUUGGGGCUUUUAAUUGUUUAUUUUAAUUGUUCUGUGGUGGAAUGAGUUGGCAACAAACGUCACUGAUUAUUAAAAACAAAAAUUAGAUAAACUUAUGCAACCUUUUGCCAGGAACAGGAUUCAAAUGAAUACAUGCGUAUACUUUGAAGCAUUUUACUGGUUUUAGAUUGGAUGAAGCAGGCUAACAGUUAGCUUCUUAAUUAUAUAAAACAUUUUUGAAUGAUGCUUAAAAAUCCAGGUCUGUACAGGAACUCAACCAAUUUAAAUAAGCUCAAAUAUUUUUCACAAGAAGGUAUGGUGGUCAAAUGUGCAACUCUGAUUUCUGCUUUAACCUGGUAUAUGGAUGUAGAAAACUUGAAGUUGUAAUUAAAAAAAAAAAAGUUUUCCACAAACAUUAGGAUGUAUAUGUUGAGCAAAAAAAAUGCCAUUUAUAAUAUUGGUCAGUGUCACUAUAAGGACUUGAGUGAAUAAAAGAGUUUAUAAACAGAAUUCAGAUCAAGUGCAUAAUCUAGUUUCCUGAAAAAAAUUCUUCCAUUAAGGUUUUAUUUAAAAAAAUAGCUUCUAGCUGAUGCCUGCUGUAUUAGAAGUGAAAUAUUUCAGUUGUAGUUUUUUUAAUGCCUCGACCACCUUGCCAUGUUUGAAAACUUUUUAUGCUGCACUAAACAUGUCAAACAUAUUACAGGCACAAUGUGCCUGAAUUACCACUCAAAGCAGUGGCACAGGACAUAUUGAUAGUGCGAUAACAAUUACAUUUCUUGUAUAUUUAUAUCUGAACCUGUAUGUAUACUUUUGACCGUGUGUUGAUUGCAGAAAACUAAAUCCAAAUCGGUGCUCCAGCCCUUUUUUUUUCUCUACAAUAAAGUUGUCAAAUCAAAAACCAUUAAAAGCCCCAAAAUAACAUAAAUGUCCAUAUGGAAGGUACAGAAACGUCUGACCUAAACUAUAGGCAAGUAGUAAGAUCUAAUAUUUUACAUUAGGACAAUGAAACACACACUCUCUGCCUUGCAUACUUGAUUAAAUGUGUGAAACUCGAGUAGAAAGGAAUAGACGGGAUCUGCUGGUGUUCAGCUACUUUUUCCUUUUUCUGUCAUCCAGACGACAGCAGCUGAUUUUUCACUCGAGUCUCUUCAAUAAUGCGACGCAGCAGAGGCCAACUGGAGGGAAAAGAAAACGCUCCAUAUUCAUUGGAAACUUAUUUAUAUUACUGGUUCAAAACUAAAACAUUGCCUAGGUGUACAAAGGAAUAAGCUCACAAGUGCUGGCUUUGCUUUGACGAAAAAAUACCGCUCUGUCUUUUUUUUUUUUUUUACAU